AUGUGUCAUAAGGAGUCAUCAGCUGUUGUCCAGUUUGAGACUAUGCCUGCAUAUCAAGGCGAUGACUUGGUGGGUGAUAUUCGGGUACUAUAUCGAGUAUUUUGGAGUUAUUACUCAUGCAUCAGGGCAUUCAGACAUUGUAAGCCAGUUGUCCAGGUGGAUGGGACUCACUUGUACGGAAAGUAUAAGGGUUGUCUACUAGUGGCAGUUUCACAGGAUGACAACAACAAUAUCGUCCCAAUUGCGUUUGCUAUUGUGGAGGGAGAGACUUCUGAUGGAUGGCACUUUUUCCUUAGUAAACUGCGUCAACAUGUUGUCACUCGGAAUGGUGUGGGACUGAUAUCCGACCGACACGAAUCCAUCAAUACCGCUGUGGAACGCAGUAACGGAGCUUGGUCACCUCCUAGAGCUUUUCAUAUGUUUUACAUCAGGCAUAUAGAGUCGAAUUUUUUGAGAAAGUUCAAGGCACCGUACCUGCAAAAAUUGGUCGUCAACAUUGGUAACCUUUUAUACGCAUUGGCAUAUGAUGGUGGCUACCGAUGGGGUCACAUGACGACGAAUCUAGUAGAAUGCAUCAAUUCAGUAUUGAAGGGUGCACGCAAUCUCCUCAUUACUGCUCUUGUGAAGGCAACAUUCUACAUGCUUAAUGAGUUGUUCACCCGAAAAAGAGCGGAGGCGGAAGCCCGGAUUAAUUCUGGCCAUAUGUUUUCUGAUAUCGUGCCCUCGAAGUUGCAUACAAACCAACUUGCAUCAGGAAACAUUCAGGUGGACCGGAUCCCCUGUAGACAUGUGUUCGCAUGUUGUGCCAACCAGCGACUGGAUUGGCAUGUGUAUGUGCAUGAUGUGUAUAAGAUGGACCAAGUUCGGCGGGUGUACCGCGCCAGGUUUAGGCCACUAGGUAAUCCUACUACAUGGCCUGCUUACAACGGACCUCGGUUUGUACCAAAUCCGUACCUGAGACGCAUCACGAAAGGUCGUCCCAGGAUGACGCGGUUCUUGAAUGAGAUAGACACGCGAAUGUUACGUCGUCCUAGACGAUGUAGGCUAUGUGGGGCUGAGGGACACAGUCGUAGUAGAUGCCGUCAGUCAGCUGGUGCAAAUGCCGACAGAGAUGCUCAAUAG